CGCACUAGACGGCUGGCAUUUAUAACUAUUAUUACAGUUUAAUUUCUUGUCGCAAAGAAGCAUUGAGUAAUGUUGUCGGUGAUAGAAAACAGUUGAACUGCGCAGAGAGUUCAGCUCAGUCGAAGCAGGAGCAGAAGAGGGCAGAAAGCGGAGAGAUCGCUCUGGCUUUUAUUAUGCUCAGUUUGGUUAGAAAUUGCCAAUAUAACCGGUCGGACCCAUGGUGAAGAGAAAGAAGACGUCGCCCACUACGGAAGAAUAUGAAAAUGGCAUGACACCGGGCUCCAGGGAGGGGAUCGGUGUCGAUGGGAGGAGGAUUCCGUCCAGAAAGCCCGAAGGUUGCGACGAGGAGGAGAGCGCAGAGCAGGCGAGCGACGAGCGCAGUACAAAGGGAGACGACGGAGUGGAAAUUCUUAAUCCAUCAGCCACGGGUCUCAGCCCCGGUUCAGCCUCGGUCCUCCCUGCCUCUCCGCCGAACCGAACCGGGCUGGGCUCGACCCAGCAGACCUCCACGGAGCCCGCCGCGCCGUGUCAGGACCAGCAUCAUUUUCUCCGAUCGAGCGUUCGCCCUCCGAGUAAACGUAUCCGGAAGGAUCCAGUCGGUUCCACCAUCAAUGGACACGGCGGGGCAAAAUCGAAAGGGGCAGAAAAUGGCUCUUCCACCCAGGCGACAGUGGGACAGUCAGGCCCUGUGGCGGGCUCCACGGGGGCAGUGUCGAAGUCUUCCAAAAGCCAAGCGUGUGCUGAAAAAGAGGAGCAGGGGAACCAGAAAAGGGCUCGUCGGCAGUGGGAGUCUUGGAGCGCUGAGGACAAAAACAGCUUCUUUGAGGGGCUCUAUGAGCAUGGGAAGGAUUUUGAGGCAAUCCAGAACAACAUUGCUAUGAAGUACAAGAAAAGGGGCAAGCCGGCCAACAUGGUGAAGAACAAGGAGCAGGUCCGGCACUUUUACUACCGUACCUGGCACAAGAUCUCCAAACACAUCGACUUUGCUAACGUCUACUCCAGGGUGCUGAAGAAAUCUUCUCAAGAACUGUACGGACUCAUCUGUUACGCUGAGCUCCGCAAAAAAGUUGGAGGAUUAAUGGAUGAUAAGAAUGUGGCAAAGCUGAACGAGCUCAUCCAGCAAGGGGCGACCACUGUGCGCUCCAAAGGGAGGAACUUGCGAAUCAAAGCACCCAUGUGCCGCGCACUUAAGAAACUUUGUGACCCGGAUGGAGUGAGUGACGAGGAGGACCAGAAGCCGGUGCGUCUGCCCCUGAAGGUGGCCGUGGAGCUGCAGCCGCGCAGCAACCACUCCUGGGCUCGCGUCCAGAGUCUGGCCCACAACCCUCGCCUCAGGAUGGUGGUGGAGCUUCACAGGAAAGUUUCCAGCCUGAUUGAAUAUCUGAGACAGAAGUGGGCCUACCAUGACCAGCGCAUCCUUAAGAGUCUCAUGGAGAGGGAGGCUCUGGAAGGCAGCCAAUCCAACACGGCCUCUCCAAACAAAUCCCAGCCAGAGGAGCUGUUCCUCUUCCCUGCUGAGAGCAGCGCCCUGACGACACUGCCUGGUGUUGCACGUGUGGUUCAUUCAAAGGCGUCUUGCACUGUACACUGGCUAGAGAGUGGCAAAAACCGGCCUAAUGCCAAGGAACUACCAGCAGCCCAGAUCCUAGGAAUACACACAGCUCCAGCCCCUCGGACCGGCACUAAAUCUGGACGAGGAAACGGUACAGCGCCUGUUGGUGCUGCUGCAUUGACUGGAGUGGGUGACACUCGUCGAACUGAGCCCGUUAACGCAGAACCUUCACUGGAAGGUUCUGCAAAGACAGAGGAGAAGAGGCUCCUGUCUAGUUCUGUCCCUCCUUCCGCUCCGCAGACAGUGGUUCCCAGAGAAGAGGGAACGGGACUUGGACCUUGUGAUGGUGCGGAGGCCGGUGGUGGAUUAGCAGACACCAAAACUACGGACAAGUUAUGUAGCGGCGCUGAGAGCACGUCGGAGCAGUGGAAGGAGGAGCAGAGCACAAACACCUCAUCCCCAGAGGUCACUCCCAUCCCUCCAGCCAAACCCCAGGUGACGGAGGAGGCAGCGUCACAGGGUUCUGCAGCAGCUGCCAAGGAACGGACGGUGGAGCAGAUCAAAGAGGAGGGAUGGAGCGCUCGCGACGCAGAGAACGUUACGCUGGCCGAGCUGUACCUGAUGCUGGGGAAGCCAGGCAAGCUGCAGCUGGAGUACGAGUGGCAGCCUGCGGUUCCUGCAAACAGUCAGGAAAAUGGACAGAGCGUGGCUCAACCCAAGCCCGACAGAACCCAGCGAGUUCUGCGCUGCCUGCUCAGGCUGGUUGCUACAGAGGUGAAUCCUAAACCUCUGGCUCCCGAGCUGUGUUCUACAGCCACAUCACCACUAAAGGCCCAACCGGAGGACCAGAACCAGGCCCUCACGCCUCCAGGGAAGGGUCCCGUCGCAGGCGUUCGCAGCCCCAGCUGCGGACGGCAGCAGACCUCUGUCCGAGGGGCCCGGCUGCACUUGGCAACGGCUGGAGCCUCAGGUGGUCGCAACCUUCCCCGCUCUCUGCUGGGGUCGACGGCGGCCAGCGACUCAGAGGGCGGCGUGUUCGCUGUACCCACCACAGCCCCACCCAACAGCUCACGGCACAACAGAAUGUUCUCCCCCAACAAGGAAGCCGAGCUCGCCUUCAGGCAGCAGCUCGACUCCAUCAGUAUGCAGUCAGAUAUUUUCCUUUCCCGACAGAGAAAACCUCGUAGCAGGCAACUUCGGAAACCACUUGUAGUUCAGCGAACGCUGCUUCCACGAACCACAGGGGACACUCCUCAGCACGUGUGCUCCUUCUCUAUCCUCUCCAACUCCUCCGCCACAGGAACUGGAUCCUUCCGGCCCAUCCAUACUCGCCUGGCUACUGCCCCUCGCCCCCUUGUUUCUAAAGCUCCCCCGGCUGUGCCCAGCUCUGUGACAGCUAGCCAGCUCUCCAGUGCCAUUGACCUGGCUGCGAAGUCUGCAGGCAUCAUUCCUGGCAGCCCCUGUCGGGAGCUGGAUUCUCCCGCAGCCGCUAGCGACACGCUGCUCGCCAGCACACCCACUGUUGCUGUCCAGCCAGACUCGCAGCUUCUUCAGGACAAUGUCCCAGAGAAUGGCCUCCCUCCACCGUCUCCUGGAGCGACCGGUGGUGGCGACUCGCUCCUCUCUCCCCCCAGCGUGGCCUCGCUCCUCGACAUCUCUCUUCCUGGCCCCCCUGAGGAGGCUCUGGCCCCGGGAGAACCCCAAACACACAUCAGUGACUCCAUCAUCGAGCUCGCCAUCAACUCUGCCCACUAUGGUGAGGAGGCCACACUCUCUCCGGCCAAGCUGAGCUCCAACGAAGGCUCCAAACUGUUGGCCUCGUCUCCCUCUGUCAGCCCGUCCCGAGGCUGGAUCCCGUCGCCCAGCCACGACCCCCAGUGGUAUCCCAGCGACUCAUCGGACUCCACACUGGGAUGCCUCCUCUCCAGCAUGGUGACUCCUGAUAAGAGCAGGCGGACCACCCUAACCCCCUCAGGCCCCUCCAGUGGCACAGCUUUGCUAGGUCCUAGCCUCCUGGACUGCAACUCCCAUGAUUCCUUCCAGUCUCGUGGUCUUCCUGAUGUGGCAGAGAUGGACUCCCAGCUUGCUUGUAUGAUGAGCGAGAGCAGCGUGGACUACAUCGCCCGCUUCAACGACCUGGCUCAGGAGCUGGCUGUGACCGAGCCCUCGCUCCCUCCUCCCUGAGGACGGCUGGCAUCGCUGACGCGGGGCUGUGUGGAACGUGGGCCUGAGACAGCUGCCGAGAAAAGCCUGGUCCACCCCGAAAGCCAUGACCCCUGCCCUUUUAUGUGAAAGUGCAAUAAUAUCAGUGAACCUUGACCAUUGUUUAAAACAUGCUGGUUCCACUGAACUGUUCUUUAAGGAGACAUGCCCUUUAAAAAAACACUUUAGAGAAACAAACGAGUUUACAAAACACAACCUCAUGUACAGGAAGAUACUAUGCCAUAUCAAAACAAGAUAUUUUCAUUGAUCCUUCGUGUCUUUUCCUGCUGUGUAUAUGUGUGUUUGUGUGUCUGUCUUCUACAGUUUCAGGUUGACCCCCAAAAUGUGUAUAUCUGCCAAAAUGUGCAGUUUAUCCCAGCAGGUGGCUAAAUAGCUGCUGAACGGGGAUUUGGAAGUAAAAAGCAGUCGAAUGUGACCAGACGUUUCAUAGCGUCUCUGUAGUUACUUUUGUGUUUGUGGUGGUGGAGCACAGUGAAUGAAACACUCCUCUGCUGUCCUCCACUUCACCUGCUCUUCAUCCCCAUCGGUUUUGGUUCAGUGGUUUCGGACUUUAGGAUCCAAACCUGCCGCCUGUUUAGAAUCAGGUUCUUCAUAUCUUGCGGCCGUGCCCAGAAAGGCAGCGUUUGUUGCUUGACUUCCUUUGGUGGAAGUCAGAGUGAAAAGCAAGUUGCUUCAUUUUUCGCUGAGAUAUUUUAGUUUGCAUUUUAUUCUGGUGUUACUUUAACGAGUUGCAGAGAAAUAUCAACUUAAUUUUCCUCCAUAAUUAUCUUUCAUUUGCCUUAUUUUGUAAUUAGUCUGUCCAACAUUAAGUGGGACUCGACGACACUAAAGAUAACUCUGCUCAGACCGUAUCAUCUCAUCAUAUGACAGGUUUAAGUCCUUCCUACGCUGUAGAAACUCCAGUGAACAGUAUGUAAUAACAUCAAACACUAAAGCCAUAGCUGACACUCCAAUUUUUCCUGUUAAGGGUCUAAUUGCUACUUAAACACACUAUAGUAAAUGUUAAUGGCUUUUAAUCCUCAGCCAGGUCUGAGUUCUGUUCAAGGCAAAUGGAGGCUUCCUUGCAGUUUAAUUCCUUUGCCCAUUGUUUAUCAUGUUUAGUAACGUUCCAUUUUCACUGGAGAAUUUAGAUGUUCUUCCAGUCGACCAUCAUCCUCACAGAUAUGCAGUAUUGUAAACGUCUGUUCACAUGGAAUCAUAGGAGAGCUCUCAUCCUCAUUCCCUGGAUUUGAAAUGUUCGUCCUCUUCGAGCACUGAGGGUUUUGACUCUUCAGUGCAAAAAGCUUUCAUUUGUGAAAUGCAUCGUAAAAAAGGCUCCAUCCUCUCACACUAGAUAUAAAAACAAUGAAGAUGAGUCUUUGUAAGGAACAAACAGCAGGUUUUGUCAUUGAAUCUGGCUGGUUUUAUUUUUCUCCUGUUGAAGGAUUUAUUUGUACAAAUGUCAAUUCCAGUAUUUACUGCGCUUUUGUAACAUAAUGUAAAUUGUUAUUUGGACUAUUUAUUCAUAACAUUUCUGAAUGUGUUUUCUGUUUAACUUAAUAUUAAGGUGACAUCUAAAAAAGGAAAAACCUGUUGUUUAAGGAGUUCAGUUUGUAAGAGGUGUUUCUAUUCUGUGUAUAAAGAGCGAUAAAAUCA